UCAGUAUUUACCAUCCAAUACGAUGACAUUUAAGGAGCUGCCACUCAAUACGCUGGCCUUUCAAAAUUUACCACCAGGCACGCGAAAUUCUUCAUUUGGAGCCACUCCAUCCGCCUGCCCCGCCGUCCAUCCGCGCGACUGUCUCUGAGCUAGGUGGCGUCGUCACCCAGGCAUGGUCGUCGUCACCUCGCAUCCCGCCCCCGCCGCCGUCCCCAUCCCCAAGCUCGUUCGGCACCAUCGCCACCGCCGUCCCAACCUCCAUCGCCACCAUUCCCAUCCCCAAGCUCGUUCAGCGCUGUUGCCAUGCUCGCGCCCCAUCGCCGCCAUCCCUGAGCUCAUCUGCCGUUGUCGUCGAGCUCGUAUUCCGUUCCGCCGUUGCCGCCAUGCCUGAGCUCGCGUCCGAUCGCCGCCGUAGUCACCCCUAAGCUCGCGUUCCGCUGCCGCCGUCGUCGCCCCAGAGCUCACGUUCCGCUGUCGCCGCCGUCGCCCCCGAGCUUUCCGCUGUCGCCGCCAUGCCCAAGCUCUCAUCCGAUCAUUGUCGCCAUCGCCCCUGAGUUCGUGUUCUGCUGUUGAACCGCCAUGCCCGCAAACUCCGUCCCCGUCUACCAUCUAGACGUCGACAAAACCAUGUGCUCCUCCGUCCCUGUCGAAGGUGCAAUGUCCCUCGCUGGCAACCGCGGCGGGAGUGAGCUCAGGGAUGAUGGUCAAGCCUUGAGACGACGGCCGACGAGCUCGGAGACGAAGACAAAGACGGACGACGCGGACAAGCAAACGGAAUGGCACGAAAUGAAGAAUUUCGCGUGUCUGGUGGUAGAUUUUGAAAGUCCAAUGUAUUGGGUGGCAAUUUCUUAAAGGUUAUCGGAUUGUAUGGUUCAUACUGAAAUUUCUCAUGUGGCAGAAGAAAAAACUCGGCGGUGGAAGGGUCAAUGAAUCGGCGGUGGGCGGUGGGGGCCCGGGUGCAGGGCGUGGGAGGUGUCGGCCGCGCAGCGUGUCAAGGACUCAUCAAAGACUAGCCGUGUGAUGAAGUCAGAGGAUCCCGGAUCCAGCAAGCGAGCGAUGCCAUUUCCGAGCCAAACCCCGACCGGAAACAGUGUUCCCCCAAAGCCCCACUCACUCAUCACUCUCCCCAGGUUGAGCUUCCUUCCAUCCAUCCAGCUCCAGCGGCCAUCAUCCCCCACCACCACCGCCACCAUCACUUCAUUCACUACACACUCCCCCUCCCUCUUCCCCCACCACCCAUACGAGCUUAACGGCAGCAGCUGCUGCUACAGCGAGAGCUACACGCUCUAGUUAACCCAAAGCCAUCCAGCACUUUGCGAGGUCGCUUUCGUUUCGCCUCCUUCGUCGGCCCCGGACCGGACCGGACAGAGGCAUGUCCUGAUGGAAUUCAGGGGCCAUGACGAACCCGUCGACGAGAUGGGAGUCGCGUACGGCAGGACGCCACCCUCCUCCUCCUCCUCCCCCGCCGCCUCCGCCUCCGCGGGGAACGGCGCCGGCGCGGCGGAGGUGAGGUACCACGAGUGCCUGCGCAACCACGCCGCGGCGAUGGGCGGCCACGUCGUGGACGGAUGCAGGGAGUUCAUGCCGAUGCCGGGGGACGCCGCCGACGCCCUCAAGUGCGCCGCCUGCGGCUGCCACCGCAGCUUCCACCGCAAGGACGACGGGCAGCAGCAGCAGCAGCUGCGCCUGCUCAUCCCGUCCCCGCCCACGCCGCGCGUCCCGCUGCUCAUGCCGCCGCCGCAGCCGCAGCCGCACCCGCACCCGCAACACCCCUACCUGCACCCGCCGUUCCCGUACCACCACACCCCAAGCGGCAGCGGCGGCACGACGACCGAGUCGUCCAGCGAGGAGCGGGGGCCUCCCUCCUCGUCGGCGGCGGCGGCGCAGGGGCGGCGGAAGCGGUUCCGGACCAAGUUCACGCCGGAGCAGAAGGAGCAGAUGCUGGCGUUCGCGGAGCGGGUGGGGUGGCGGAUGCAGAAGCAGGACGAGGCACUCGUCGAACAGUUCUGCGCGCAGGUCGGCGUGCGGCGCCAGGUGUUCAAGGUGUGGAUGCACAACAACAAGAGCAGCAUCGGCAGCAGCAGCGGCGGCGGCAGUAGGAGGCAGCCGCAGGAGCAACAGUCACAACAGCAGCAGCAGCAGCAGUAGCCAUGGGAGGAGACAAGCAUUUGGUUAAUGGUUUGGUAAAUCCCCACCUCAUUAUUUUUAUACGCCCAAGACAUGAGGAGACGGGUUAAACAACGCAACGGAAGUGAGGACUACUCUCUCUGCGAUCUUUAUCCUCUCUCUCUCUCUCUCUCUCUCUUCAUUUGGCCUUAACCUUCAUUCUUUGUAGUCACUUAUCCUCCUCCAUAAUUUGGUUCUUGAUUCUAGCCUUGUUCAAUUUGAUUCCUUUUGCGUCUAGUUGAGGGUUUACUUUGCUCGCGAAAAAGGAAAAAAGUUUGAGGGUUUACCUGAAUGAUGAGGUUAGUUUUACAUCUCUUCAUUCUGAUGCUUGCAUUUCACCUCGUUAGCUCUCUGCGCAGAGAUAAGCAAUCAGGUUAGACAGCAAUUUUUUGUGGAGAACAGCUCCCCUGUUGGUGACUAAUGGUUGGUUUCCCUCUCCUUCCUUUGAA